AUGACAUCUUCCAAGUCGUCAAAAUCCUCUUCGUUCAAAUCCUUCCAUUCCGACGACAAUAGCGUCCUGGACGACGUUAGUCACUUUGAAGAGAUCGGUCUUGAAGACGAUGCCUCCCAUUACGACACACAACGCAUCCGCGAACCACACCCCGCCAAGCCUUCACAGCCCUUCUCAAGAUCGUAUUCCAAUGACUUUCGCCCCGUAUCAUGGAAGCCGCCGCACUCUCGCUCUCCGCCGAUGGCACGAGACCUUGCCAAACCUAGGAGCACGAGUGUUUCCGCGGACCUCACUCUCACUCCCAACGCACGUUCGAAAUCCCGAUCCUCUUCGCGACCUCCCUUCCUGAACCUGAAGACCGAUGGCCACGUCCUUAAUCGACGAAGCCCAAGCGCUGGCCGCCUUCCCGACCCCCGUCGAAGUCCAGUAAACCCGGUGAACCCUCGAGGCUUUGCGAGCCACUCCGCGACUUCUCUUCACUUUCCCCGCAAGAACCGCAGCCCCAGCCCGAACUUUUCGUUGCUCCCGAGAGAUCCCAACGUACCCCUGAAGCCCCGCCGGGGAAGCUGGCAGUCAACACAAGACAGGAAAACGGCCUUGGAGCUGGAGAAGGAGUGUGACGAGGACGACACUGACGACAUCCCGGAUGGCCUCAUUCUCGACAACGUCCCCAUCUCUCCCCGGCCUCGACAGGAGCGCACACCUAGCCGGCCGACUUCGUCAGGGGCAUCACCCAACAGACCACCAAAGGAACGAGUUCGUAGCGUUGGCAAUGGGACACCCCCAGUCCCUGUUGACUCGGGAUGGCUACGUUCUCCGUCCUGGAAGUCGGACACUGCUCUAUCAUCCAUUGGAGAGCAUGGUGCGCCUGAGCCGCUCAAGAACCGCGCGAGAAGUUGGAACCUCGCACUGGCCGAGCUCAACGCAGACGCCAAAGAGUUGACAGAAAAGCUUGAGGAACACUCGGAUUAUAUUCGUGAGAAGGCGGCAGAAAAUGCCAAUCCCACAGGACGUCACACGUGGAAUGGGAAGUCCCUUGAGCAACACAGUCAGAAACCUCGGGUCAAGUCUGCGUUGCCUGAGCUCCCUCCGAUUCGGCACCAGACCAACAUCAUGAUAGACCCACUUCCAAUCUCCAAGGAAAAGGAGGCUGUUCUUAGCCGCACACGACCCUCAUGGCUUCCGCCCAAGGAUCCCGCAGAGGAGAAGCGCCAUUUGCGAGAGUACAAGAAAAUGAUGGCUCGCAGCGCCGAGGCGGACCGCCGUCGUGAGGAUUCGCGCCAGGCCAAGAAGUCAACUCGCGACACUACGGCCGACAAUCUCAUGCGGAUUUGGGACGAUGAUAUCAUCCCCAGAUGGACUGAUGCCGUCCGAGAGCGUCGCACUCGCGAGCUGUGGUGGAAGGGAAUUGCGCCCCGCAGCAGAGGUACGGUCUGGGCGAGGGCCAUCGGCAAUGAAUUGGGCCUAUCUGAGAAGUCAUACAAUGCCGCCCUCGGCCGAGCUCAACAGCUCGAGGAAAGAGUCAAUGCUGGCAAGGGCGAUUCUGAGGACAUCCAGAGAGCAGCUUGGCUCUCAGCCAUCCGCAAAGACGUAGCCGAACACACCUGGCAGGAUUUGCGGAUCUUCCAGGUUGGCGGGCCUCUGCAUCAGACUCUCGUUGACGUCUUGUUUGCCUAUGCGCUGUACCGGAGCGACAUCGGCUACGUCAAGGGGUGCAACACCCUUGCCGCUCUGUUGCUGCUCAACCUUCCCUCGUCAGCAGCAACCUUUAUUGCUCUCGCCAAUGUCCUCAAUCGACCAUUGCCUCUGAGCUUCUACUCCGAAGACCCCGGCGCGAAAGCUUCGGCCUACAACCUUGUCAUGCAAACUCUGAGCGUAAAGUCUCCUCGGCUCCACGAGCACCUCACGAAGGACAUUUCCGAAGGCGAUGCGGAUUUCUACUUAGGCAACUUCUUCAUGGGACUUGGCACAACUCACCUCGCCAUGGACGAAGCAGCCCGGUUGUGGGAUGUGUACGUCUUUGAGGGCGAUGCGGUGAUGGUGCGAGCGGCCGUCGCCACGCUCAUGCGAAAUGAGAUGGCGCUCUUGGGCGUCAAGUCCCCCGGAGAGGCCAAGAAGAUGAUUGAAGGCGGCACCAAUAAGGAUGGCCGCAAGGCUGUCGUUGGAGAUGACGGCGCCGAAGACCGCUGGAUGCGAGCUGUUCGGGAAGCGGGUAAAGCCUAA